GGACAGGCUCAGAGCACCGUGGAUAGAGCCGCAAGUCUCGUCAUUCUUUUGUGAAAGGAGGCACCACUAAAGACUGAACCCAGAACACCAUGGCCAGCAGAGGAAGCUCACGGGCUAAUGGACUGGGUCAGACCAAAAUCUGUCAGUUUAAACUGGUCCUGCUUGGUGAUAUGGCUGUUGGAAAGUCAAGUCUAGUGUUGAGGUUCGUCAAGGGCCAGUUUGAUGAGUUCCAGGAGACUACCAUUGGAGCUGCUUUCCUUGCUCAGUCUGUGUGCCUGGAUGACACAACGGUAAAGUUUGAGAUAUGGGACACCGCAGGACAAGAACGAUAUCACAGCCUCGCUCCCAUGUAUUACAGAGGAGCCCAGGCGGCCAUUGUGGUAUUUGACAUUACCAAACCGGAAACAUUUGAACGGGCAAAGGCAUGGGUAAAAGAAUUACAAAGGCAGGCCAGUCCUAAUAUCGUCAUAGCAUUAGCUGGAAACAAGUUUGAUUUAGCAGAAAAGAGGAUGAUUGAAUUUGAGGAAGCUCAAGCAUAUGCAGAAGACACUGGACUUUUAUUUAUGGAGACGUCGGCAAAAACUGCAAUGAACGUAAAUGAAUUAUUUCUUGCAAUAGCAAAAAAAAUGCCGAAAUCGGACACCCAAAACCCCACUCAUGCUGCCCGUCACAGAGGUGUCAAUGUCCAAGGCUCGGACCAGCCGCAACAAAGCAGAUGUUGUGGAAACUGACCUUAAAUGCACAAAACCUCCAACAAGCAUCUUCUACGCAGAUUGUGAACACUGUUUAGGACACUGCUGCUGUGGCUGGCAGAAAUUUAUUCUGCUUAUAAAUAUAUAUAUAAUUUUUUUUUUUUUUUUUUAAAUUACUAUUUUUUUUGUUCCAUUUUAUCAUACAGUGUUAAACCAAGUUCUAAUGAUACUUCAAUAUAUAGAGCUAACCAUAGACCGGCGCAAGUGUAUAGAACUCAUCCGAGUUGCUAUGUGUCAGGAUUAAGGAGGAAAACCAUAUAAUGUUUUUUUUUUGUUUUUUUUUUUCCUGAGGUUGUGCAGUUGGCUACUAAUAUUUUUUGCUCUCCCGAUCCUCCUAAAAUAUUUCAGACCACGCAGCCAUUCCUUAUCUAAUAUCUGCUACUGACCUAUAAAUAAGAACCCUGCAAACAGAAUACACGUCUGGAUUUGAACACCAAUGUCCAGACAUCUUUCUACAACUUUGGCUAAGGUGUAAGAUACUCAUCUGAGUGAUGCUCUGCACAAGUAGAGUGACUGUGGGUUGGCCUGGUUUUUAAGUCUUGAACCUUUAUCUACUUAGUGCAUUGAUGGACCUUCUUGAGUAAAAAGGAGUGAGUUAUUUAGGUCACAUUACCCUGUAUCGCUGUUUGAUAUUUCUCUGAAAUAGUCAUCCUAUCCCUUAACAGAACAACACCGUGAAGACUUGUUGCACUUUAAUUGUUGCCAUUUCUACAUGCGAUGAAAAAAAAAUUAAAAAGCCCACAAAAAAAAUAAAUAACUCACUGAACUUUCAGCUGCCUGCAUCUAAAUUAUUUCCCUUCAGUUUUUAGGAGAAUAAAAAAAGAAAAAUAAAUUGGUAAAACGAGCUCUGAACAUGACUUUUGUAUUUAAACCUUCAGAUAAUGUUUUACUUGAAAUGAGUCUUCUGAAAUAUUGAUUUUUAAUGUAACAUUAAAGCAGAGAGAAUCGGUGCUCUUGUGUUUUACUUGUGUGUACCUGAAUGCGAGUGCUACUGAUGUCUGAGUCUGUCAAACCAAUAUGCCAUAAAAUGAAUGUGUUAAAGUG